CCAAAGGAAGAGAAUGUUCCAAGAAGGAAGGAAUAGUCACUCAUGUCAAAUGCUGAUAAAGACUGAGAACUAUCCAUUAAGUGCAGCAACAAGGUUAUUUAUAACUUUUGCAAAAAGCAGUUUCAUACCUAGAUAGCAGUGGGUUUAGAAAAGAGUGGGAAUAAUAUGGAAAAAAAGUGUGACUGUGCUUUCCCAAACCUUAGUUGUCGAGUGAAAGGAAGUCCUAGAGUGGUAGCUAAAGGGUAAAUACAGAGUGGAUGAAGGGUUUCUGUGCUCGUGCUGGUCGCAUCAGCAGCAGACGCGCCCUGGACAUGCAGAAUGAGGCCAACCAGUUGGUGGACCUGUACAUGCCAUGGAAAUGCUCCCUCAGCAACAGGAUCAUGGGCGCCGAGGACCACGCAUCCAUCCAGACGAACAUGGCGGACUUCGAGAAGGUAACAGGCAGGUUCAACGGCCAGUUUAAAACCUGUGCUAUCUAUGGGGCCAUUUGCAGGAUGGGUGAGUCAGAUGACUCCAUCCUCCGACUGGCCAAGGCCAACGGCAUCAUUUCAAAGAACUUCUGA